GCCUGCCCAAGCGCACUUGUGGCAUGACCAGGCACGUGAAAAAAGUUAACAAAAUUAGCCUCUCUUGCUCCGAAUUUGAGUGGCUUUGAGAACGUUCUUUGGUCCAGUAGCGUCCAUCUCCCUCUCUCUCUCUCUCUCUCUUUCUGUCUUUGCAUUAGUUUCCACAUAAAAGGGGUUUUCAUCAUCACAUGUGCUUUGGUUUGCGAUUGGGAGGAAACGAGAUAACAAAGAAGAAUGCUCAGCAAUAACACGAUCUGGUCUUCCAUUUUGCCGCAGACGCACAAAGUUCUCAGCCAGACUUUUGCCUCUAUGUCAAACAUGCCUUGUCCAUUUGCAAGAAAACUCCCAACCACGUUCUUAAAGAACUAUGCAGGGUCCUUGGUCAAGACCUAUGGUGACCAAUGCCCAGCCAUCAGGAGGGCUGUGGCGACCUUCCAUCAACCAGGACCCAAUGUGGACGCUACUCUGAAUAUGGCCCAGAAAUGUCCUUUUUUGGCCAAUGCCGUCGAAGAACCCGAGUCGGUUAUCAAGAUGGCCUCACCCUCAAUUAGCGAGGAUAUUGUUAUUCAACAAAAGACUGCUUUUGAAUAUGAGGGAUUCUUCCAAGGCCAAAUCUUGAAGAAGAAAUUGGAUCACUCUUACCGGGUGUUCAAGAAGGUGAUCCGCUCCGCGGAAAAUUUCCCUGCGGCUAAAGAGUUCUCUUGGGGAGAGAGACCCAUCACGGUUUGGUGCAGCAACGACUACUUGGGCAUGUCCGCCCAUCCCAAGGUCAAAGCAGCCGUGCACCAUGCCGUGGAUAAUUACGGCGUGGGAGCCGGCGGAACUCGCAACAUUUCCGGCAAUUCUAUGAUGCACGAGGAACUCGAACUUGAAUUGGCAGAUCUUCACGCCAAAGAAGCCGCUUUGAUCUUUACUAGUUGUUACGUGGCCAACGAUACUACUCUGUUCACUUUGGCGAGGCAUCUUCCAGGUUGCGAGAUUUAUUCGGAUGCGGGCAAUCAUGCCUCCAUGAUCCAAGGCAUUAAGAACAGCGGAGUCCCCAAGCACAUAUUUCGGCACAACGAUCCUGAGCAUUUGGAAGAACUCCUGGCUAAAUCGGUUCCUGGCAUUCCUAAAAUCGUGGCUUUUGAAACGGUCCAUUCAAUGACGGGCGCCAUCUGCCCAUUAGAAGAACUUUGCGAUGUGGCUCACAAGUACGGUGCUCUGACUUUUGUGGACGAGGUCCAUGCGGUAGGCCUCUAUGGUGCUCAGGGAGCUGGAGUGGGAGAACGCGAUGGCCUUAUGAAUAAGAUGGAUAUUAUAACCGGCACACUUGGCAAGGCUUUUGGAAAUGUCGGUGGAUACAUUGCGUCAACGGCUAAUCUGGUGGACAUGGUCCGAAGCUAUGGUUCUGGAUUCAUUUUUACCACUUCCUUACCCCCAACGGUUUUGCGAGGCUCCUUGGCAUCCAUUCAAGUUUUGAGAUCCGAUGAGGGUCGUUCCCUGAGAACCACUCAUGGCGAAAACGUCCGAUACCUGAGGCAAAAACUAUUUGAAGUAGGUGUGGCCGCUCAACACACCCCUUCUCAUAUCAUCCCUGUCCACGUUGGCAACCCAGAAUUGACCACCAAAAUUUCGGAUGAACUCAUUAAGAACUUUGGACAUUAUGUGCAAGCCAUCAACUACCCGACCGUACCCCGUGGAGAAGAGAAGCUACGAAUCGCCCCCACCCCUCACCACUCCCGGGAGAUGAUGGACCAAUUUGUGGCUGAUCUGGUUAAAGUUUGGACCGAUGUGGGACUUGAAUUGAAACCCUCCAAAGCUCCAAAAGUUGAAUGUCCUAAUGGGGAGCAAACUUGCACCUUUUGCCAAAAGCCAGUGCUUUUCUCAGAAUUGGAGGCCCGUUUCAACCCGGGAUGCUGCAAAGUUGAGAAUUGCCCCCAAGUUUCCGCUGCUGCUUAGUGGAUUGAACUAAUACGGCUUAUCUAAUCAGUACAUAUUCGAACAGUAUCGAAGUGAACAAACCUUAAUUUGGUGACGGGAAUGCUUUACGCUUGAUUGCCAUUUGCGAAUUUCAUGUAUGCUGAAGUAUCAACAAGGAACCUAGAUGCAGAUUACCCCGUCCAAUGUGGCGAGGUUCUGGUGGUGAUUCCGUUUUAUGAAUUGAAAUACAAGUCAAACUCAAUUUGCAA